UAUCUGCAAAAGGGCCAAACUCACACGACGAAGAAAGAAGCGGAGACUGGAGAUCGAGAUCGCCGGAGGGAGGGAGCGAUGGAGCCGAGACGAGCGACCCGCCGCAGAUCCGGCACCGUCCUGCUCCUCCUCGCCGCCAUACUCGCUGCGGCCGCCGGCGCCUCCGCCUCCGCCAUCGGCGACAAGUGCGCCGCCUGCAAGGCCGUCGCGGCUGAGCUAGAGAUUGGAAUCUCCAGCGAGAAACCAAGAAAUCACUUGGACUUGCGUAACCGCUUGAAUUCGAAAGGUCAGCGUGAAGGGAAAGUCAUCGACUACAGAGUCAGCGAGCUUCGAAUCGUAGAGCUUCUGGAUGACCUAUGUGAUAAGAUGCAAGACUAUACGUUGCAGAAGUCGGAAUCAGGCGAGAAAGAAUGGGUGAAAGUAGCAAACUGGAGCAGUUUUCAAACUGAUAAGAAAGCUGCAGCACGAGCACACUCCAAAAAUUUAUCCAGUUACUGUGGAAGGUUACUGGAGGAAACUGAGGACGAGCUUGCGGAGUGGAUAAAAACAAGCUCAGCAGAAUCCGGGAACGUGAGCCAGGCCCUUUGCCAGGAUAUUAGCAAACACUGCCAGUCCACAAGCGCUACGGCCCCGGUCGACGAUGAACUAUAACAACACGCGUUAACGCCCCGUAUUUAUUGGACAAAGCAAACACAGAUGGUUGUCUGGAGAGCGUCAAGGAAGAGAAGCUACAGUAGGAAAUGAACAUGUGAUAUUUUAGCAUCUGUGUUUUUGGCACUCAUGUUGUUGUCUUAAAGAGGGACUUGCAAUUUUCCCCAUAAUGACUGCUCUGUUGAGAACAUUCAAACUCUGAGAAUUAUUUUGCAUACUGAAUUACAGUUACCAGCAUGGUAUGAUCUGUUGAACUAAUCUGAAUACAUAUGUUGUCUUGUUGAAA